AUGAAUAUCGUCGAAUGGGCUUUUGGAAAGCGCAUGACCCCCGCAGAGCGCCUGCGUAAACACCAGCGUGCCUUGGACCGUACCCAGCGGGAGCUUGACCGAGAGCGAGUGAAACUAGAAAACCAAGAGAAGAAGCUGGUACAAGACAUCAAGAAGAGUGCCAAGAAUGGGCAAGUAGGAGCCUGCAAGAUCCAGGCCAAGGACCUGGUUCGAACACGGAGAUAUAUUCAAAAGUUCUAUCAAAUGCGCACGCAAUUACAGGCCAUUUCUCUACGCAUCCAGACUGUCCGAAGCAAUGAGCAGAUGAUGCAGUCGAUGAAAGGAGCCACAAUGCUUCUGGGUAGUAUGAACAGACAGAUGAAUCUCCCAGCGCUGCAACGGAUUGCGAUGGAAUUCGAACGAGAAAAUGACGUUAUGGACCAACGGCAAGAAAUGAUGGAUGAUGCGAUCGACGAGGCCACAGGCAUGGAAGGCGAAGAAGAAGAAGGAGAAGAUAUUUUGAAGGAGGUUUUGGACGAGAUUGGUGUCGAUCUGAACCAAGCGGUUUGUCCCCCAGACAUCGAAAGGCGGACCCUGCGGACUAACACAUUCCAUCUACAGCUUGGUGAUACACCUGAACACAUACAGAAAGCACCAGCGAAUGAAACCCGAGUUGCACAGGCCAUUGGAGGGGGAGGCAAUACAAGUGACGAUGACCUCCAAGCAAGAUUGGAUAGCCUUCGGCGAUGA